CCCGAUGCAUAAUUCUUAUAAAAGCCAAAAAGCACCCAGCUCCGUAUCCAUUUCUUAUUUGACAUUCGAAAGAGUAAUUAAACAUUUCUAGCUGCAAGUAUGAUGAUUUCUAGGAUCAGACACGAAUCUGGAUAUUCUACAGAUGGCUCUGAUAGUGGAAGUGAUUUCUUUCUGCCAGAUAACCUGGAGGAAAAGCUCCAAACCACACAGCCAAACUUUGGAAUCCUGUUUGACGUGGAUGGUGUGUUAGCACGAGGAACAAAUCCCCUGGACCCAGCCGUGAAGGCCCUCAAACUCCUACAAGAUGAUGAGGGAAACCUUAAGGUUCCAGUGGCCUUCGUCACCAAUGCCUGUAACAGAAGCGAGGACAAAGCCAGACAAAUCAGCAGAUGGUUCAACAUGCAGGUCUCACCAGAUAUGGUUAUCCACGCUCCAACUCCCGCCAAACUUCUGACAGAGUUCCACGACAAACACGUGCUAGUGAUUGGUCAGGAACAUCGCAGAGAUAUUGCCUUAGAUAUUGGUUUUAAGAACGUUUGUACAAUAGAAGAUAUACAGAAGGCUUAUCCAUUUCUCGAUAUGGUGGACCAUGACAACAGAAAACGUGUGGCAAACGGAACAUACAGAGACGAUUUUUCUUUCCCAACUGUGGAAGCCAUUUUGAUGAUUGGCGAGCCGAAGCUGUGGGAAUCUAAUCUCCAGUUACUGAUUGACCUACUCCUUACGGAGGGAAAACCCACCAAGGCGCCAUCCUCCAUAAUGGGUGUAAGACAGCUCCCGAUUAUCGCCUGCAACAUGGAUCUGGUGUUCAUGGACCGUGCCUGCAUGCCACGGUUUGGUCACGGGUCAUUUCUCCUCUGUCUAGAAAGCCUAUAUAAGAAAAUCACAGGUCGAGAAUUGGAGUACACCGCUUUAAUAGGGAAACCUUGUGAAAUCACGUACAGGUACGCUGAACACUGUAUUGCAGAUGUCGCCCAGAAGCUGGGAAUACAAAAUCCAAUAAAAAAGCUGUACUUUAUUGGUGACAAUCCUUCCGUCGAUAUCGUUGGGGCCAACCUGUAUCACCGGUUUCUUCGGAGACAAUCGGAAUGUAUCGAUAAUGAAGACAUUAUCAACCACCUACCGCGGUCCAGGUCUAUCCCAAAUAACAACGCCCUCUACCAACAGACAGUGCUGGCUAUGGAGAGCCUCCUAGUGGGCACCGGAGUGUAUAAACCGGAAGAAGAUGAUUCCUCUGAUGAUGAGGUAGAUGUGUAUCAUGGACAUCGUGAUAUUGAAAAUGAACCAGAACUUGCUAAGCCCUCCAAGUUUGUCAAGGAUGUGUACCAUGGCAUUCAGCAUAUAUUGGAGAAAGAAAAUUUUUCAGUGAACACAUGAAGUAUCCUUCAAUCCUAACCUAGGGGGAGACUGUGAUCUGAAUGUUUGUACAAAUGUAAAUAUGAUUACAAACUUGCCAAUUAUAGAUUGAUAUUUUCCUAUUUAAUUUAUUGACUUUGUAUUGUUUUCUACUUUUUAUAAUUCAUGGAGACAAUCAUGUCUAUAAAUAAUUUAUUUAAACCUGUUUUCAUGUUCUCAUGUGUACCUGGUCUCAU